AUGGGGGGUCAUGGAGGUUUAAAUAUAUUGCCACAAAAAAAAUGGAAUGUUUAUCGAAAGGAUGCACAAUAUAAAGUUCAUUAUGAUGAGCAUAAAAUUAUAAAAGAAGAAAAGGAUAAAGAAAUAAAAAGAAAAAAAGAUGAAUUUGAAACUACCAUUUCAAAGUUGAAAAAAAAUAUAAGAAAAAAUGAAGAUAGUGAUAAUAAUUAUAAUAAUUUUUAUGAUGAGAAUGGGGAGGAAAAAACAACAACAAAUUAUUGUAAUGAUCAUAUUAAUUUAUUUAUUGAAGAAGAAAAAGAAUUAACAGCUAAACAAAAAAAACACGAAGAAUUCUUAAUAAAAAAAGGACAUUAUAUAUACUAUGAUAAAAACUUCAAUGCACAACAUAAUAGUAUUUAUGAUAAGAAUAAAAAUGCACAAAUUAUUUCUGAUUUUAAUAAAAUGAAAUUGUGUGAACGUGAUUGGUUUCUUAAUAAAAAGAACAAAAAUGAAAAGAGCAAAGAUAAUGGUGCUAAUUUUUUUCAUAUUCAAAAAGAUAAUAUAUCAGAAGAACAUAAUAAAACAGAAAAUAUAAAUAGUGAUUUAUCUUUAUAUGGUAACACUAAUAAUUAUAUAACAUAUGAUAAGAAGAAAGAAAAAAAACAAAUGCAUUAUCAUAUCAAACAGAUUAUUAAAUAUAAAAAGGAAAAAGAUAAGGAAAAAAAAAGAAAGAGACAAAGAGAAAAAAAAAAUAAAAAUAAAAAUAAAAAAAAAUGA